AUGUCGACCGACCAAGUGCGUGAAGAAGGCUUGGAAGGCCAUAUUCCCUCUUCCAAAGAAGAUGCACUGCAGGAAGAUAGCUCCAACAGUAGCGCAACGCUACAGAUUGAAGAAAGAGAAGCCGGGGCGCAGGAUGAUGAGAAGCAAUAUCCUGAGGGCCUAAAGUUGGGUCUCAUCAUAUUGGCACUGUGCCUCGCGGUCUUUCUGCUGGCUCUUGACAAUUCUAUCAUCACAACCGCUAUUCCAAAGAUUACCGAUGAGUUUCACAGCCUUGAUGAUGUUGGCUGGUAUGGAAGCUCCUACCUUCUUACAACGGCCGCGCUGCAACUCCUCUUUGGAAAGUUUUAUACGAACUGGAACAUCAAAUGGGUAUUCCUAACAUCCAUUGCCAUCUUUGAGAUUGGUAGUGUGAUUUGCGGUGCCGCACCCACCUCGACUGCUUUGAUUAUUGGCAGGGCAAUUGCUGGCAUUGGCUCUGCGGGGAUAUUUUCUGGCGCUCUUCUUAUCCUGGGAUACAGCACUCCCCUUGUCAAAAGGCCAACCUACAUAGGCCUGGUUGGGGGUAUGUAUGGCAUUGCAUCUAUCGCGGGUCCUCUACUAGGAGGUGUAUUCACGGACAAGGUGACAUGGAGACUGUGUUUCUAUAUCAACUUGCCCGUUGGAGCGAUCACUGUGGUGGUUAUUUUAUUCUUCUUCAAGAGCCCAAAACAGGAGCUACCACACCAUGACAGUAUACACGAUCUGAUCAUGUCCUUCGAUCCCGUUGGAACAGCGCUUUUCCUACCUGCCAUCAUCGCUCUUCUGCUAGCACUGCAGUGGGGAGGUACCAAAUACAGCUGGGGUAGUGGUCCUGUCGUUGGGCUCUUACUGGUGUUCGGAUUCCUGAUACUGGCUUUCUGCUAUGUCCAAUACAAGCAAAAGGACAAUGCGACUGUGCCUUUCCGGAUCAUUUCCAAUCGAUCAAUAUGGACUGGAUGCUGGUACGGCUUUUGCGCCGGUGCGACCUUCUUUCUCAUGAUGUACUACGUCCCCCUUUGGUUCCAAGCCGUACAGGGUACUUCGGCUGUUGGCUCAGGUGUCCACAACUUGCCUAUGCUCAUCACGACCAUCCUAACGUCGAUCUUCGCUGGCGGAAUGGUCACCAAGGUUGGCUACUACACACCUUUUAUGAUCGUUGCAACGGUCCUCAUGUCAAUUGGGGCGGGCAUGAUCUCAACCUGGGAAGUCCACACCAGCAGCACAGCCUGGAUAGGCUACCAGAUUCUUUUUAGUCUAGGUUAUGGCAUGGGCUCUCGACAGCCUUUGGUGGCCGUUCAGGCAGCUUUAGACACAAAAGAUGUGCCCAUAGGAACAUCUGCCGUUAUGCUUCUCCAGACACUGGGUGGCGCUGUCUUUGUGAGCAUCGCUCAGUCUGUGUUCUCCAAUGAACUUGCUCAAGAUAUCCGCGAGCGCCUACCGUCGUUGAACCCAGCAAUUGUCCUAAACGCAGGUGCGACCAAUCUUCGCAACACACUGUCCAAGGAUUUAUUACCCGGUGUCAUCUUAGCUUAUAACAAGGCCUUGACAAAGACGUUUUUGGUUGCCGCAUGCAUGGCAGCUUUGUCAAUUGUUGGCAGCUUGUUCAUGCCGUGGAAGUCGGUAAAGACCGAACAGAAGCCAGCUGAGAACCAAGAUGAUCUGGAGGCGAACCAAGAAAAGGCGGUGGAGAUUCAGGAGAAGCCAGAACAUAAGGAUUGA